AUGGCCAGCAGACCCGGAGUCGGCUGUGGUCGUCGCGGACGCGAUGGUCAGGUGGCCAGCGGUGGUGGAGGAGGCGCUCCUCCAGAGACCAGUUGUUGUAACUUAAGGACAAUCUCUUGGGACCACAAAUACAUAGCGUUAUGCCUAUUGUGUGGCACUGUUUCCACACUAAUCGGGUCUCUCAUUGUCAUAAUCUAUGCAAUGAUUCGCUCAAACACUUCAUCUCUUCAGUACUUCGAGACAAUUCCCUCAUAUAUUGUCGCCAUUUUGCUCAUAUUCAAUGGUGAAAGCGGUCGGUGGUCUCUAUUUGGUGACCCGAAACCACUCACAACACUACUGACAGUGGUGUUGACAAGAGUUGGUCAUCACAUGACUUUCGAUGAGAUAAUGGACUGCGAUGUGGUUCACGGCUUACUGUUCUCGUGUCUGAGAGGACUGUUCGGUCUAUCGGUGUUCGCGAUACUGAUGUGUAUUUUCUCACUAAUGCUUGUCUACCAGUUGUUGAGCCAUCAAAAGAAGAAGAAAUAUUUGCAACAAUUAGAGCUGAGGAGACGAUUCGCGGUCCAGAGUCGAGGCUUCGGUGGCAACCAUUCCUCUGCGUACGUCUCGACACACGUUUCGCCCAUAAUAUUGAGCCAAAAUACUCACCGAAACCAUUCGUUAAGACACUUACCGUACGGUUCUUACGGCGAGGAUCUGUCUCCCAAUGGUUGGUGUCUUCCCCCGCAUUCGUACGACUAUUUAGACAGUCGUUCACACAAUAGACACUUCGACGACGAGAUUCGCUCAAACGUCGGCAUAAUGUCCAACACUCGAUCAAAUUCAUGGACCAAUUGGUUGAAUUGGCCGCGAAGUCAGAUCUGGUCGUCCAAUAAUCAUCACGUGUCCAAUCAGAACACGAAUCGGGGAUUUUUUGCCGAUUUGUUUCGCAGACAUAACAAGACGAGUGAUAGGAAUUGCAGUCACCAGAUAUGGAGACACCCUUCGGGGCAAAACUUUCUGCCGCCGCACGUAUUCAUUCCGCGCAUCGGUUCGGGCGGUCUCUCACCGCUACCGCAACAUCUGUUACGCUAUCAUCGCGACAGUCAUUUGAGGCCAUCUGUAAUGCGAGCCAUGAGUUCCGCUCACCGGAGGACGCGAUCCAACGAUGGAAUAUUCCAACACAUGAAUGUGCAGCACAUGUCGAUCGACCCGGCGUUCAGUGCGGGCACUGCAACGGUGGCCAACACUAACACUACAAAUAUGUUUGCCAUAUGGGGUCCGCCGCCACCCUAUACCUGCUCACAGCCGCAGUCUCUGAACCGUAUUAAUACCAUUUGCAAUAAUAUGAACCACUCAUCCGGAGGUCAACACUGCCGUCAGGCGAGUGUCCACUCGUCAGACGUGACGCCGACCUCUAAGAUGAGUACUCCUCUGUCGGAGAGACGUCUCCGUUGUAACGCAUUCUCAUCGCAAGGCAUACGACUGACCAUUGAGGCCAACGAUCAGCUCAUAACAAGUCCCGAAUCUAAAAGUUCCUGUAUUGUGGAGAUACACGUCCCGUACAGCGAAGACCACCCGAACCAUGACAUGAAUGUUUUGGAUCACUUGAAAAGCGGUCACAAAAAGUCACAAAAUUUGAGUUUCAAUACAAUGCCGUCAAUGAAAAGGUCGGAUCACUUGCAGCCAAUCAAUCCGUUUAAGAGUUUGUCAAACAUUCCGAUCGUAUUUCCGGCCAAUUCGCCGAAAAAUAGUGGUUUUACUGAUUCUGAACUCGAAUCAAACAAAUCAAAACUCGAGACCAUUCAACACGUCUAUCGGUCGCAAGUUUUUGAUCCCAAAUCGUUGUCCAACAGCUCAUCGACGCCAAUGUCUACCACACGCACCACAACAGAGUUGUCCUCCGAGUUGUCCACUUAUAAUCACAUAACCGACGAAUCAUUCUCUGCCGACAGCUUUCCAGUCGAUCCGCCGACCGAUUAUAAGUCAACACUAAUAAUACAGACGCCAAACACACAAUCGAGUCCAUUGACGGACGACAAGAGCAGCACAAAUGUGGCCCAAAGACAUGCCAUCAACGGCUCCAAAGAGAUGGAUAAUCUGCGGCUGAAUAGCGCCCAAUCGAUGCCAAACCUGAGUUGCAUUAUUCCCAUCUCUUCCUCCAAGUCGACCACAUCUACGCGAACGCAACCAAACUUCUGGGAAUUGUAUAGAAUUCCGUCGAGUGGUAACACAUCCACAUCGCAAGACUUGGCCGACUUUGAGCUUGAUUUAGACGAGGAGUCCAUCAAAAUGGCCGCUGAUUUGCCCAACGAUUACCCGAUGAAGGCUACGAUGAAAGCCUCCACUGAUUUGUCGCCCGCAAAGUCAAGUUCUGAGGGAACGACGACAGCGUCACUGACGCCGGAGCUCUUGAAACCUCCGACACCUUUCAAUAACCAGAACUUUAGCGAUAAAACCCAAUCGACGUCUUCGACGGCAACUCUAUCCUCUCUAAGCGAACCCAAAGCGGAGCUAAUAAUCAAUAUUAAAGGCAUUCAAUCAAUAACUAUUUGA